AUUUCGGCCUGCGCGAAAAGCUGUCCCUGCGAGACUCUCCGUACCGAGAUCGCAUGGAGAUCGCAAGCACAGCCACUUCACCGCUUCGCACCAGCAGCUUGCUUUGUGUCAGGUAGUUCGCUUGCCCACACGUACCACAAAAUGGCCGUCGCUAUGCGCUCUUCCACCGGCCUGCGUGCCACCGCUGCCCGGCGCCAGAUGCCCCUGGGCCUGGGCCGUGUGUCCACUGUGCGCGUGUGCGCUGCUGACACCAAGAAGGCCCAGGUGAUCAGCCCCGUCAACGGCGACCCCUUCGUUGGCAUGCUGGAGACCCCGGUGACCUCUGCCCCGAUCGUUGCCACCUACCUGAGCAACCUGCCCGCCUACCGCACGGGUGUCGCCCCUGUGCUCCGCGGUGUGGAGAUUGGCCUUGCUCACGGCUUCCUGCUGGCUGGCCCCUUCAUCAAGCUGGGCCCUCUCCGCAACGUCCCCGAGACCGCUGAGAUUGCCGGCUCGCUGUCGGCUGCUGGCCUGGUUCUGAUCCUGGCGCUGUGCCUGUCGAUCUACGGCUCGGCUCAGUUCCAGUCGACCCCCUCGAUUGGCGUGAAGACCCUGUCGGGCCGCAGCGUUGCUCGUGACCCCCUGUUCUCCGCUGACGGCUGGUCCGAGUUUGCCGCCGGCUUCCUGGUCGGCGGUGAGGCCGGUGUGGCGUGGGCCUACGUGUGCACCCAGAUCCUGCCCUACUACUCGUAAACGGCAGGCGCACGGAGUGCCUCGCAUUGAUUUCCAUUCCUCCUCCCCCUCCUACAACUCGAGAAGAAAGAGUGCUUAGACCAGUGUGUGCGGUGUGUCUGCCCGGUGUUUCACGACCUUCGAGCAGCGGUUUUCCCUGUAGCGCUGGAAUCCACAUGCCGCCAUGUCGCAAGGCUUAGGAUGCAUGGCGUAUGUGGCUAAUCCUUGGGGGACUGGGACCACCCCCGAGAGAUGUAUAUUGAACCCGGUGGCCAAGUAAUUGGCGAAUAUUCAGCGUACACCGCGCUGCUCAAGCCGUGUAACUUCCAGGUUCCGACGUCUGCGUGGCCGACUUGAUGGACGAUGCUGAGCAAUGCGAACUCUGUGUAGGCUUGCCAAUUUUGUGUGCCAGCUUGAAGUAAACAUGAAUGGCUAAUAGGGGAAUGGAGCUACACGGGCUGGACCGCCAAGCAGGCUGUUGUUGAAACCUAGAAACC